UCUCAAAUCUCGUGGCUCAGCCACGAGGUCCUCGGAUCACGGGGUGAUAGGGAGGAUAUAAGAACAGCCACCACUCGUCUCUCGGCCUCACUCACAGUUCCGAGAUCAAGUCCUACACAACCACAAAGAUGUUGCGUUUUGUCGUGUUCGCUGCUGUUGUCGUGGCGGCUCUAGCCAUGCCUCCGAUGGAGUGGGAGCUGUUCAAGAAGACACAUAACAAACAGUACGACUUCAGCGAGGAAAUGUUCAGACGAUCCAUCUAUGAGCACAAUGUUAUGGUGAUCAAGACGCACAAUGCCGAGUUCGACCAAGGAAAGCAAACCUUCAAACUUGGUGUCAAUCAGUUCGCUGAUUGGACCACUGGUGAGUUCGCCUACUACAUGAACGGAUACCGCAUGAACAACUUCACCCGCCUCUCCUCCGUGGUGCACAGAGCCAGGGACGUCGAACUGCCCACCAUGGUUGACUGGAGACAGGAGGGGUACGUCACUCCCGUCAAGAACCAGAAACAAUGCGGCUCUUGCUGGUCUUUCUCCGCCACUGGCUCCUUGGAGGGACAACACUUCAAGUCGACCGGCAAGCUGGUGUCCCUGUCGGAACAAAAUCUGAUGGACUGCUCCACACCCGAAGGUAACAUGGGAUGCCAGGGUGGUUUGAUGGACCAGGCCUUUGAAUACAUUAAAAUGAACGACGGUGUUGACACCGAGGAGAGCUACCCCUACACGGCAAAGAAUGGCAAGUGCCAUUUCAAGCGUGAAAACGUGGGCGCCACCGACACUGGUUUCGUUGACGUCGAGAAAGAUAAUGAAAUGGCCCUGCAGAAUGCUGCCGCAACCAUCGGGCCAAUCUCCGUCGCCAUCGACGCCAGCAAACAGUCCUUCCAGCUGUACGAGAGCGGUGUAUACAGCGACCCCGAGUGCAGCAGCACCCAGCUGGAUCACGGCGUGCUGGUUGUUGGAUACGGCACCGAUAUGGACAAGGACUACUGGCUUGUCAAGAAUAGCUGGGGCGAUGCGUGGGGCAUGGAAGGCUACAUCAAGAUGGCAAGGAACAUGAACAACAUGUGCGGCAUCGCCACCUCCGCCAGCUACCCAACUGUGUAAACUGCAGCUGUCACCACAUAAGAUGUCCACACUGAGACAUUGUUGGUCAAGAUCUGUAGAAUGAUCCGGCAAUGUUUCACUUUUUCCCCAAUAUAAUAUUCAUUAUCAAAGAA